CAUGCACACACAUACACCUCCCUUAAGCUUGAGAACAUCAUCAAGCAUGGAUGAGCUAGACACUCUCUUAGAAGAGUUGGCCCAGAGCUCUUCCCAGAGUACCUUGGGACCAGCAGAUAUCCCUCAGAAGAGUGUGGCGCUAACAGGAAAGAAGGAAACAGCCAGCACACAUGGACAGAUCACACCAGUGUACACCUCUAAGCUCCCUCCCAAAGACUCAGACAGUAGCCAUGUAUACAGUGAAGUGCCAGAGCCUGUGGAGGUCUCAGCCUGCGGGGGUCUGAUGAGCCCCGGCACAGCCACUCGAGAACUGGACUCCAUCAUGCAGGGGCUCCUGGGCCUGGAGUUAGGGCUCGAUGCCUCACCCACUGCCUCAGCUCCACCACCCCUCAUUCCAAAAUCUGGAAAGGAGAAGGGGAGAAAGGAGACAAAGGAGACGGACAAAGGACAAGCAAAAGAAGGUGAACCUAACACAACAAAGGACUGUAAUCAGGCACCUGAUAAGGCACUACUGCCCGGGAAGACUGGCUCCUCCAUAGAUGACCUCCUGGGGGUCCUCAGCUCAGAUAUGGAGAAGAUGGGCGUGCGCACCUCCGCCAAAGGCCUCUGUGCUUCCUGUGGCAAGUGCAUUGCGGGGAAGAUGAUCACGGCUCUGGGGGAAGUGUGGCACCCGGAGCACUUUGUGUGUGUUGUGUGUGGGGCGGAGCUGGGCACGUGCGGCUUCUUUGAGAGGGACGGGAAGGCGUAUUGUGAGAAGGACUACCAGAGCCUCUUUGCUCCUCGCUGUGCCUACUGCAAGGGCCCCAUUCUACAGAAUAUCCUGACUGCCAUGGACCGCUCCUGGCAUCCAGAGCACUUCUUCUGUACCCACUGUGGGGAGCUGUUUGGAUCGCAGGGGUUCAUAGAGCGAGAUGGAAAGCCUUACUGCUCCAGGGACUUUUACCGCCUGUUUGCACCCAAGUGUUCGGGCUGUGGGGAGCCUGUGCAGCAGAACUACCUGUCUGCAGUCAACGGAACCUGGCACCCCAGCUGCUUCGUGUGUGCUGACUGCCUAAAACCCUUCCAGGAUGGCUGCUUCAUGGAGCUGAACGGUCGCCCUUUCUGCUCCCUGCACUAUCACUCCCGGCAAGGAACGCUCUGUGGAGGCUGCGGGGCGCCUAUUUCGGGACGGUGCAUCUCUGCCCUGGACCGCAAGUUCCACCCAGAGCACUUUGUGUGUGCCUUCUGCCUGCGGCAGCUCGUCCAGGGCGUGUUCAAGGAGCAGGGGGGUAAACCCUACUGCAGCAUCUGCCACGAGAAACUCUUCCUGUGAGAGGGAGAGGGGAGCAUCGCACAAGCUCUAUGUCACACGUCCACCAGCCUCGCCCUCACGUGCAGAUGUGUUAUAUUUGAAUGUAAGAACUCAAUCGACGCAAUGAAAUCGCAAUGAGCACUGUAUUUGAAGGAUGUUUUAGCUCUCUUUUGAAACUGAAUUAGCAUAAAAUGUACAUAAGGGGGCUGUUUUAGUCUGAUGCCACAAUGCAAUAACUCUGCUUUACAGUCCAGGCUUUUCUCUGGUACUGUCUGUGUAAAAGAGAGGGAAAAGACUGCAGUAACCACAUAUUCAAUUGAUAGGCAUGAGAGGGUUCAGAGCAGAGGAGAAGUAUUGUGAAAAUAGGAUGGUAGGGAUAGGUUGGUAUGAUAAGGUUAAGGUUUGUGUCAGGGUUAGUGGUACCAGUGGAACUGAAAUAAAAUAU